UUUGACUAAAGAAAUGCGCCUUCCUCGCUUACCACGUAAAUAAAUCAUUGAACACAUGCUGAACUUGGCAACAAUGAGUUAUUAGCAAAACUCGGGCUUUUAACCAUGUAGAAUGACCCCCUCGGCGCUGCAGCGGAAUGAAAAUCUUCACAAGGACAGGGAACUAUCUUGGCAUUCAGAUGAUGACUGAUGCUCUCGGCUGCCCUGCCUGACAUGCCAUAUUGUUCGUGCAUUGUUUUCCCUUGUUGAGUGAUUGAUAAAGGCAGGAAGAAUGUUUCUGGUUGUGUGUCAGAUCAGCAGAAGAUUUUCCCUUUUAAACACCAGUAAUUUUGCCCAAUUUCCAAGAGGCUUGAGGCAUUCUGCGGCCCUCAGUCAGAGAUUUGAAAGGAAAAAUGAAACGGUUGCACUGAGACAACUUCUAGGCCAUUUAUAUGGUCCAGAAAGAACAACGUGGAGUUCUGUGAUGCUGUUAAGAAGACACUUUGCUCAUCUCAAUACAGAAGAUGAUACAGCCGUAAUGUCUUCAGAGCAGAACCUGCCAUCUAUCAAAUUAGAUCCCCAGGAGAAUCAAGUAUUACCCAGCACAAACUUGGAUGCACUCAGCGAAGACCUGGAAGGGGCCACUUUGCAGUCUCCACUGGAAGAAAUCACAGAGAAUGAAGCUGCCCAGAUUGCCGCAGAUCUUCCAAUCCCCCCAGAUUCCUUCACACUCCGGGACUAUGUGGAUCAGUCAGAGACUCUAAAGAAAUUAGUGUUCCUGGGUGUUGAUUUAUCCAAGUUGGAGAAACGCCCCAAUGUGGCUACAUUACUGCUAAAGGUGGACUUUGAAAAGGAUGUGACCCCAAUUCUGCUGUUCCUGAAGGAUGUGGGUGUAGAAGAUGAUCAUCUGGGAGCAUUUUUGACGAGAAAUCCUUUCAUUCUGAACGAGGAUCUGGAAAAUCUCCAGAAGAGGGUCUCGUACCUGAGAAAGAAAGAAUUCAACAAGGAAGCAGUCGCUCGAAUGGUCGCCAAAGCCCCUUAUCUGCUGAACUUCUCAGUGGAAAGGCUGGAUAACCGUUUGGGAUUUUUCCAAAGGGAACUGGGCCUAAGCACCGAAAAGACAAGGGACCUGAUUAUUCGCCUCCCGAGGUUGAUAACUGGAAGCCUUGAGCCUGUAAGAGAGAAUCUGAAGGUAUGUGAAAUUGAACUGGGAUUCAAAAAAAAUGAGAUCCAGCACAUUGCAACGAAAGUCCCUAAAAUGUUAUCAGCGAACAAGAAGAAAUUAACAGAAACCUUUGAUUAUGUGCACAAUAUAAUGGGAAUCCCCCAUCAUCUCAUCGUUAAAUUCCCACAGGUCUUUAAUUCAAAGCUGUUAAAAAUUAAGGAGAGACAUCUGUUCCUCAAGUUUUUGGGAAGAGCUGUAUAUGAUCCUACAAAGCCAAAUUAUGUCUCCUUAGACAAACUAACAUCUUCUCCUGAUGAGAUCUUCUGUGUGGAAUUUGCCAAGGCAUCGGUGCAAGAUUAUGAGCAGUUCCUGAAAACGCUUUGAAUAACAAGUGUACGAGAACUGUGUUUUAUGAGCUGCAAUUAGGCGCCUGUGUAUAGUGUCUUUGCACACAUGGAGAGUAGCUUUAUAUUUUUUAUGCAUUAAAGGAUAUGUUUUACAGGCAGUUCUGUAACACUGUAAUAUGUGAAUUUGAAUAUUAAAAAACAAAUAUAUAUA